AUGCCCAGCCCCGCCGGGCUCCGCGCGCUGUGGCUCUGCGCCGCGCUGUGCGCCUGCCCGUGCGCCCGCGGCGCGCCCCAGCCCGGCCCGCGGCCCGCCUGCCCGGCCCCCUGCCGCUGCCAGCGGGGCGGCAUCACGCUGUCGGCCGACUGCUCGGAGCGCGGGCUCUCGGCUGUGCCGCGCGACCUGGACCCCCUGACGGCUUACCUAGACCUCAGCAUGAACAACCUCACGGAGCUGCAGCCCGGCCUCUUCCACCACCUGCGCUUCCUGGAGGAACUGCGUCUCUCUGGGAACCACCUCUCACACAUCCCAGGACAAGCGUUCGCCGGUCUCUACAGCCUGAAAACCCUGAUGCUGCAGAACAACCGGCUGGGAGGCGUCCCCGCGGAGGCAUUGUGGGAGCUGCCGAGCCUGCAGUCUCUGCGCCUCGAUGCCAACCUCAUCUCCCUGGUCCCGGACGGGAGCUUCCGGGGGCUGCCCUCCCUCCGCCACCUGUGGCUGGACGACAACGCGCUCACCGAGAUCCCGGUCAGGGCCCUCAGCCACCUCCCCGGCCUGCAGGCCAUGACGCUGGCCCUCAACCGCAUCGCCCACGUCCCCGACCGCGCCUUCCAGAACCUCAGCAGCCUGGUGGUGCUGCAUCUGCACAACAACCGCAUCGAGCACCUGGGGACCCACAGCUUCGAGGGGCUGCACAGCCUGGAGACUCUAGACCUGAAUUAUAACGAGCUGUGGGAGUUCCCUGUGGCCAUCCGGACGCUGGGCAGGCUGCAGGAACUGGGUUUCCAUGACAACAACAUCAGAGCUAUCCCAGAGGAGGCCUUCCUGGGGAACCCUCUGCUGCAGACGAUACAUUUUUACGAUAACCCAAUCCAGUUCGUGGGGAGGUCGGCAUUCCGGUACCUGCCCAGACUGCACACGCUGUCCCUGAAUGGCGCCACGAACAUCCAGGAGUUCCCGGAUCUCAAAGGCACCACCAGCCUGGAGAUCCUGACCCUGACCCGUGCGGGCAUCCAGCAGCUCCCUCCAGGAGUGUGCCAGCAGCUGCCCAGGCUCCGAGUCCUGGAGCUGUCCCACAAUCAGAUACAGGAGCUGCCCAGCCUGCGCGGGUGUCGGAGGCUGGAGGAAGUUGGCCUCCGGCACAACCGCCUCUGGGAGAUUGGAGCCGACACCUUCAGCCAGCUGACCUCCCUGUGUGCCCUGGACCUGAGCGGGAAUGCCAUCCGGUCCAUUCACCCUGAGGCCUUUGCGACCCUGCGCUCCCUGGUCAAGCUGGACCUGACGGACAACCAGCUGACCACACUCCCCCUGGCUGGGCUCGGGGGCCUGGUGCACCUGAAGCUCAAAGGGAACCCGGCUCUGUCCCAGGCCUUCUCCAAGGACAGUUUCCCCAAACUGAGGACCCUGGAGGUGCCCUACGCCUACCAGUGCUGUACCUAUGGCGUCUGCGCCAGCGUCAAGGCCUCUGAGCAGUGGGAGCCCCAGGACUUCCAGCCUGAGGACUGGGAGGCUCCGAAGAGGCCCCUGGGCCUCCUUGCUGGACGACCCGAGAGCCACUAUGACCUGGACCCGGACGAGCUCCAGCUUGAGAUGGAGGAUGCCAGGCCACACCACAAUGUCCAGUGCAGUCCUCUUCCAGGCCCCCUCAAGCCCUGCGAGCACCUGUUCGGGAGCUGGGGCGUCCGCCUGGCCGUGUGGGCCGUUGUGCUGCUCUCGCUGCUCUGUAACGGGCUGGUGCUGCUGAGCGUGUUCGCGGGCGGGCCUGGCCCCCUGCCCCCGGACAAGUUUGUGGUGGGGGCCAUCGCGGGCGCCAACACCCUGACCGGCCUCUCCUGUGGCCUCCUCGCCUCCGUCGACGCCUUGACCUUCGGCCGGUUUGCAGAGUAUGGUGCCCACUGGGAGGUGGGGCUGGGCUGCCAGGCCACGGGCUUCCUGGCCGUGCUGGGGUCAGAGGCCUCUGUGCUGCUGCUGACUCUGGCGGCCGUGCACUGCAGUGCGGCCGUGUCCUGUGUGCGGGCCCGCGGGAAGGCGCCCUCCCCUGGCAGCGUGCGGGCGGGGGCCCUGGGCUGCCUGUUGCUGGCAGGACUGGCAGCCACCCUGCCGCUAGCUUCUAUCGGGGAGUACGGGACCUCCCCACUCUGCCUGCCCUACACUCCACCCAACGGCCAGCCCACAGCCCUGGGCUUCGCUGUGGCCCUGGUGAUGCUCAACUCCUUCUGCUUCUUGGUGGUGGCCGCCGCCUACGUCAAGCUGUCCUGCGACCUGCCCAGGGGUGACCUGGAGGCUGUGUGGGACUGCACCACUGUGCGCCACGUGGCCUGGCUCACCUUCGCUGACGGGCUCCUCUACUGCCCCGUGGCUUUCCUCAGCUCCGCCUCCGCGCUGGGCCUCUUCCCAGUCACCCCCGAGGCCAUCAAGGCCGUCCUGCUGGUGGUGCUGCCACUGCCCGCCUGCCUCAACCCCCUGCUGUACCUGCUCUUCAGUCCCCGCGUCCGGGAGGACCUGCGGUGGCUGCGGCCCUGCCUGGGGGCCCUUGGUCCCCUCCCCUACACGGCCGCAGGCAAGCUGGAGCAGAGCUCCUGCGACUCCACCCAGGCCUUGGUGGCCUUCUCCGAUGUGGAUCUCGUCCUGGCCGCCCCUGAGGCCAGGCAGCACCCCGGGCUGGAGACCUACGGCCUCCCCCCAGUGACCCUUGCCUCCCGCCGGCAGCCAGGGGGCCACUUUGCAGAGCCGGAGGAAACCCGCUUUGGGAACCGGCCACUCUCCAUGGACGGACUGCUUCUGGGAGCUGAGGGGGCUAUGCCGGUGGGCGGGGGCUGGUCAGGGGGCAGGGGCUUCUCUGGCUCGGCCUUUGCCUCACACUUAUAAAUGUCUCCCCCCACACCCUGUUUCCGUCCCCUCUCCCCCAACAACGAAUGAACGCAGCUUGUAAAAAAAUUCAACCGAAACUCAUUGUAACCAGGAAGCAGGUGGCCUGUCCCUGCCCACUGGCCUCCUCUCCCCUGGGCCAUUGCCUGCAUGUCCUUGGCCUGGUGUCCCCGUGGCCUCGUUCUGACCUCUUCCUUGUCGCUUGUGAAACUGAGAACCCGGGUCUUGAUGUUUGUCUGCUGAGGGAGGUGAGGGGAGCGAAGGACAGUGACUGGGCUGGGGGCCCAGAGGGUCCAGGGUCAGGGUGUGGUGGGCAGGAGACUGAGAAAGGCCCGGAGGGGUUGCCACAGGCACCUCCCCCCCAACUCCUCGUGGAUUGGAUGCAGAAUGUGUUCUGAGUCAGCUAGUCUUCAAUACGCCAUGGAAAGGAACCCCUUGUGAAAGUGAGUUUGGGAAAUGGGACCCUCCCUUAGAGGAAGACGGCACAAGGCAGCAGCGGAAUCUGUUCAACUUGGUCUAACCCAGUUCCGCAAACUAUUUAACUGUCGGUGACCGAGAACCUGGGGCUCCCUCCUUCCUGGGGCUGAUCUGAGCCUUGAAUGGGAGGCAUUUGCUCUGCCUUGGGUGCCAAGAGGCGGUGACUCCUACGUGGAAAGGAGCUCUGAGUCGCCCCACGGAUGGAGACAAAGGUGGGGUGACUGGUGAGCCUUGACUUGUAGGAAGUUGUCCCCUUCCUCACAGCUGCCCCCCCCCCAGCCCGCAACCAGUGCCCCCAGAGUCAGGGCCGCAGUGCGAGUGGCACAUGGGGAGGGGCCUCGUUGGAGCCGGAGUCAUGGGGGCAGGCGUCCUGGUCCAUGGAACGCCAUGAGCUUGCAGGUGGCCCGCGGCCGUCCUCCACCUGCUCUGACAGACCCGGGACCUGCCGAGCCUCCAGCUGGUGGGGAGCGGGUGUAGAGGGAGGGGGCAGAGGUGGUCCCACAAACUGUUGUCAUCACUCCAAAAGCCCAGUAGAUGUUGUACACUUACCCGAAAUGAGAGAAGUAAAGUUUCUCUGUGUUCGCCCGGACUUCCAGCAAGUCCGAGUGUUACUCAGAAGACUAUGAAGCUGACUUAUCUCUUUGAUUAGGCUCAAAAUCGGAAGUCUGCCAAUAACACAGCGAUGUCAGCGCACAUCCGUCUGAGGGGCUGCGGUGGCCGAGGCGGUGGCUCCGUGUCCUGCCUGGGCAGCCGUGCCCUCCCAUCUCCUCUCGGACCCACUGGGGAACUCCCAGCACCUCGGCCCACUUCCCGGGGAAUCCUGCUCAAGCUGGGAUUGGAAGACUGGGCUGCACAGGGCCCCUCUCUGCCUUCCUGUGUCCACCUCACACCCAGCUUUCCCCUCCUGGGAGAACCGCAGGUUUCAGGAGUGAGCAGGGAGGGAGGAAGGGCAGACGCAGUUCCUCGUAGGCCAAGAAGUGAGGGCGGCGGGAGGUGGCCAGAGUCCUUGGCCCUUCCAGCCUGCCUCCCGGCUACCUCUGCCCUGGAGCAGUGAGUCCUCCCACCCACAGCCUUGUCCCUUUGGGCCGCCCCAUGCCCCGCAGCUGAGAUGCCAAUAUUUGGGUCCUUCUGGUGGUAGUGCAGCAGUGGGGGUCGAUGUCCCCAGUCUCCCCUCUCUCCUCUGUAGAGGGUGAGGAGCGGGAGCUGCUUGGGGAGGGGCGCACAUGUCCCCUGGGCCCUGGGCCAUCGGCACAGCCCGGGGGCUGGCGUCGCUGCGCACGCAGAGGGAGCAGAGGCAGUCCCACUCACUCGUGUUUAGGUGCCCUUGUGUGCGCGGUACUGGGUUAAAGAGUUUGGAGGAAGCAGCGAACAAGCUGGCCUGUCUGUUGCUCAGAUUCUGGGCAGCUUUCAGACCCAGGCCUGCUUCUGGGGUUUCCUGAUGCCAUGGCCCUCCGGAGGCAGCUCGCUUUCCUGUCCUUGGGCGGUCGUCUCCCCCUCGGCCUUGGGGAUCUUCUCCCCCAGCCUCGCGGGGAAUGGUGCCCCCAAGACAACUGUGUGGGCCCUUCUCGAGGGCAGGGAGGGAGGGAGACAGUUUGAGCUCAAGGAAAACCUGCGAGCUCGGGGAUGAGAGCCCAGCGCCCAGUGCCCAGCGCCCCUCUGGGAGAACACCAGUGCCUUCAGAAGGCCGGGCCCCUCUUCUUGAGGACAGGACUCCAGGCCCCUCUGUCCCUGUGGCCCUACUGCAGGCUAGGCCACAGCUGCUCUUGCCAGGCUGUCUACUUGUGCGGAGCGGCAGCAGAGGCAGUGUCUCCACACAUCUAGGACCAGAAAGGGCAGGGGGGCUGUCACCCUGCUGCCAGCUGAGGGCUGCUCUGCUCUCAGAGACGGGCUGCAGGUGCCCCGUUAGCCAGCUCCCCCUCGCCACCUUUAAGUUACAGACCUUCCAUGAAUUUAGUUUUGAGUAAGCAGUCCGUUCACAUGAUUCAGAGGCCGUGUGUCUUUUCCCACGUCCCAGCCCUCACCGGUUCUGCCUCCGGGGUCUUCAGGCACAGCCAGACAGAUGCACCUGUGUUCUCAUCCUUCUCCCUCCAAAGAGCCUGCCUGCCACAGUUCUGCUCUGCUUGGCACACCUGCUGAUUAGCUAACAUCAUUUGUAAAACAUUUGGCUUUCCCCAGUUAUGCAGACACACCAUGCCUGUGAUUCGUCCCCUUCUCUCGGACAUUUGGGUGUCUCAAUCUUUGCUCUUACAAAGAGCACUGCCACGAGCCCUCUUGGAACGAGGCCCCCCCGCACGUGUAAGCACAUCUGCAGACGUCUUCCCGGAAGUGGGCCAAGGGUGGCUUCUGAGUGUUGGGAUCUUUUCUUUACCUGGAGGCGUCUGUGUACCUGUAACCUCUGCCCUCAGGUGCCCUCCCAGUGUGUCCUCUGCCCCAGCUCCCAGGCUGGUGGCCCUGUUUCCUUUCAGCCUGUCCAUGGGCAGUGUCCUCAGAGACUGAGUGAGAACUUAUCUGACCAGCCGGGUCAUAGGUCAAAGGUCAACUGAUGGGCUGAUCCCUUAGGCCAGGCCCAUCUCCUGGCGCAGUGCAAGGAUGGCCAUGUGUAGGGUCCUGCUGGACAAGGCGUGGCUGCCCCCAGGGGACAGUGGACAUGGCGGGGAGGGUCCAGCAGAGGGGACCUGCUGGUUUCACGGACUGCCGUAUCUUCAAUCUUUUUCACAAAGAAGGUGUUCAGUUAAUUCCUGUUGGGGAAAAAAAAAACAGAAUUAAGAAAGUAAUACAUCUCCGAAUUGUAGAAUAGAUAAACAAGAUUAUACUGUAUAGCACAGGGAAAUGUACACAAGAUCUUGUGGUGGCUCACAGAGAAAAAAAUGCGACAAGAAAUAUAUAUAUGUUCAUGUAUGACUGAAAAAUUGUGCUCUACACUGGAAUUUGA